GCAAUAAAAGAUCGAAUACCUGUGCAAAUUAUGCUGAUGGCAUUGAAAAUGUUAUAUAAAAUUUUAAAAAAGUACACGCAAUAUGAUGUGGUCAUCUUAUCUGAAGGUAAAUUUGAUAAGAGUGAAAGCACACAAACGCAUUUCGAGAAUUACCAAAAUCCGCUCAAGGAAAACAAUCAGAGAUAAUUAAAAUAUGCUAAAAUUUGUUGUAUAAAAACGCGAUGGAAUGCCAGAAACGAUGUACAGAAAGGUAUUCAACUCAUCCGAGAAAGUUAAACUCUUAUCGCCAUGGCAAAACUUUGUUUCCUUUUGGCCGCGCUCUUCGUGUUCUCGACCAUCGCCUACGCACAGGCAGAACCCGUUCCAUCCUUCGAUCUGGCCAGAUCGCAGAGAUGGUUGAUGGAGAAGAAUGUGCGCGCCUCAGAUGUGGAAAAAGUUCCGGAAACAACGGAAGUGACACCCGGUGAGUCGACUGAAACGGAAGAGACUGGGGGAUUCCUACAAUCCCUGAGGAAGGCAAUCUUUUUCAUUCCGAAGAUGUUCCUCAAUUCGGUCCUAAGAAUGAUCGAGGCAAUGUUGAAAUGGAUGAAUUAAGUGGACGAUUAACGAUGUAGUCACCAAUCAAUGAAUCAAUAUACAUGCUUCAAGUUAAACAACUUACAUAUUUCAAUCUUUUGUUUUCGUUGUA